AUGUGGCCUUCAUCCGAUGUCCUCUUCAUCAUUGAUGGCACUUUGAGCCUUGAUCAGUUCCAGUUCCAGAAAGAGAUUUCGUUCAUUAGUCAGACCCUAUCGAAUAUGAAGAUAUCAGAAGAAGGGCUACAGUUGAGCUUAGCUCAGUUUACUCCCAAAGGACGGCAAGAAUUUGGCCUUGAUAAGGCUAAAAGCAAUGUGGAAGCUAGGCGAGCAUUAGAGUUCUCCCCCUGUGACAUGCUCUCGGAUCGAACUCGUUGCACUCCACGGGCUAGCAUCAAUUCUCUCGCUGGAGAAGCUCUACAGACGGGAAACCGCAAAUGGUUACCGGAUAUUGUGGUGGUCAUAUCCAGCGCCACUUAUAGGAUUCCUGAAAAGCUUCCUCAGGAGACCCUGUUCUCUCCAAUAUCACCUUUACAUAUGUUCUACAUUAUUGUCGGUGGACCGUCUCCGGAUGAAAAGCGCUUCGAGCCGUCAGCGACUUCUAUCAAUCUGAACGCCAUCGAUUUCUCUGCUCUCGAACGGCUGGUGUUACCACUUUGCGAA